GCCGAGCGCCGAGGGCCGGCCAGUGCUCGCUCAGUGCUGCACAGACAACAUGGCCGGCCCGCGAGACGCCGCCGCCGCCUUGCUGCUCGCCGGCGCCUGCCUGCUCGCCGCCACGGGCGGCGGCCGCUGCUUCGAGUUCCGGCACCACGACAACGCGCAGCUGGCCGCCGAGCUGCGCGCCGUGCACGCCCGCUGCCCGCGCGUCACCCGCCUCUACACGCUCAGCGAGCGCUCGGUGCGCGGCCUGCCGCUGCACCUCAUCGAGUUCUCCACGCGACCCGGCUACCACCAGCUGCUGAAGCCGGAGUUCAAGUACAUCGCCAACAUGCACGGCAACGAGGUGCUGGGCCGCGAGCUGCUGCUCAAGCUGGCCGACCACCUGUGCGAGCAGUGGCUGGCCGGGGACGCCGACAUCACGCGCCUCAUCAGCUCCACUCGCAUCCACCUGCUGCCCAGCAUGAACCCCGACGGCUGGCAGCUCGCCACCGACACGGGCGGCACCGACUACCUGAUCGGCCGCUACAACAACAACAGCGUGGACCUGAACCGCAACUUCCCGGACCUGGACCGCGUCAUGUUCAGCUACGAGCAGGCGCACAUCGACUACAACAACCACCUGCUGGCGCAGCUGCAGCGCCUCGCCGAGCCGUGCUCCAAGCUGAAGGGCCAGCCGCGGGACAUCUACUACGGCUUCGACUGGCGCUGCAAGAAGGUGCAGCCUGAAACGCGGGCCGUGAUGCGGCUCAUCGUGGAGGUGCCGUUCGUGCUGUCGGCCAACAUGCACGGCGGCGACCUCGUCGCCAACUACCCGUUCGACUACAGCCGCUCCGGCGCCUCCCAGGAGUACUCCGAGACGCCGGACGACGAGACCUUCAGGCACCUGGCGCUCUCGUACGCGGAGCAGCACGCCACCAUGGCCAACCGCAGCCGCCCCGGCUGCGACAGGGGCGACGACUUCAGCUUCGGCAAGCAGGGCGGCAUCACCAACGGCGCCGCCUGGUACAGCGUCCAGGGAGGCAUGCAGGACUUUAACUACCUGGCCACCAACGACUUCGAGAUCACGCUGGAGCUGGGCUGCGACAAGUACCCUCCUGCCGACACGCUGGAGCAGGAGUGGCUCAACAACAAGGACGCCCUCAUCCACUACAUCUGGCAGGCGCACAUCGGGCUGAAGGGCGUGGUGAGGGACGCGCUGACCGGCCAGCCGCUCGCCAACGCCCUCAUCCACGUGGCCAACGUCACCAGCGGACAGCCCGUCGACAUCCGACACGACGUCACCUCAGUGCACGACGGCGACUACUGGCGGCUGCUGACGCCCGGCGCCUACGUGCUGACCGCCUCUCGCGAGGGCUACGAGCCGCAGAGCCGGCGCGCCCUCGUCACCAACCUGCCGCCGCACUCGCAGGCGCGCCGCCUCGACUUCGCGCUCGUGCCGCUGGCCCAGGGGCCGCCCAUGCCGCGGACACAGCUACAGCGAAACAGCGGCCGUCGUGUUCCGCAUUCCGGCAGAAAUACCGCCCGUAGGAGUGGCGCCGGCAGCCGGAACUGACAGGUGCCGGCGGACCUGGACCUGCCGGAUCAGCUGUCGCCGUGGGACUCUGCUCGCCAGAGGGGGCCCGCCGCCCUUUGAGCCAGCGCUGCCACGCCCUGCCCUCACACUUCCCUUUCAGCGACACCUUCUCUCCAAUACAGAUCUGUAGCAACUGUGCAAACUUUGAUCGCACAACACCAUUUCCUGGUACUUAAUGUUAUUUACUGCACUAUUUGUGGUGCCAUUAAUUCACACUUUCUACAGAUUAAAAAGUCCUCGUAAAUUGCAUGUACUGAGUUGUAUUUUCCAACUAGAGAAACAUUGUGAGCCACACAGAUUGUUAACGUUCUUAAAUUAUUCGAAAUAAAAUAUUGUUUCCGAAGCA